UUUGGCGGCGGCUCCCCCGGGCGAGACCAUUGUGACUCCUUGGGAGGGGUGCGUGAAGAGGGGAGGGGGGCGGAGCGGCCAUUGUCCGGUCAGCACAGGCUUCGGGGGAGGGGAGGGUGUUACGGAGUGAGCGGGCCCAGGACUUCACAGCGGCCGCUGCGACUCCAGAGCCGGCGGGGGCCUCAGGUCCUUCCCCGCGCCGCCGCACGGGACAUCGCUCUGGCUGGGGAGCGGCGGUGGGCUCUACCAAGGGCGCCGGGUCUCCCUCCUCCCCCGCGGUCCUCGGUUCACCCACACGCCCCUCCUCCUCAGCUCCCCUCCCUCUGCUCUCCGCGCUUCCCCCGGCCCCCCCGUCUCCGCAGGCCGAGUGGUGCGGCCCGCCUCCAGCUGACCGGCCUGGAAUCCCGGCUCGGAGCCCCGGACUCGCGCCCGCCUGCGCGCCCGCUCCCUCCCCCUCCCCCCGCCCGGAGCCCCCAGACGCCGCCGCCGCCUCCUUCGAGCGGGGCCGAGGCCCAGCCGCCGCCGCCACCGCUGCCGCCGCCGAGCUCCGCCGCCGCCGAGCACCAUGGGAGACGCCGGGAGCGAGCGUAGCAAAGCGCCCAGCCUGCCGCCUCGCUGUCCCUGCGGCUUCUGGGGGUCCAGCAAGACUAUGAAUCUCUGUUCCAAAUGCUUUGCUGAUUUUCAAAAGAAACAACCAGACGAUGAUUCCGCUCCAAGUACAAGUAACAGCCAAUCAGAUUUGUUUUCCGAAGAGACCACCAGUGACAACAACAAUACCUCGAUAACCACGCCAACUCUUAGUCCCAGCCAGCAGCCGCUUCCGACAGAACUGAAUGUAACUUCACCAAGUAAAGAGGAAUGUGGGCCAUGCACAGAUACAGCUCAUGUCUCGUUAAUCACACCAACCAAAAGAUCCUGUGGUACAGAUUCACAGUCUGAGAAUGAGGCUUCGCCAGUAAAACGGCCACGACUACUGGAGAAUACUGAACGGUCUGAGGAAACCAGCCGAUCUAAACAGAAGAGUCGACGUCGGUGCUUCCAGUGCCAAACCAAACUGGAGCUGGUGCAGCAGGAAUUGGGAUCAUGUCGCUGUGGUUACGUGUUCUGUAUGUUACAUCGCCUCCCCGAGCAGCAUGACUGUACGUUUGACCACAUGGGCCGCGGCCGAGAGGAAGCCAUCAUGAAAAUGGUGAAACUGGACCGGAAAGUGGGGCGCUCCUGCCAGCGCAUCGGGGAGGGGUGCUCCUGAAGGCCGGGCAUGGCCACCACAUGACGCUGUUCUUAGUUCACUAAUGUUAGCCUUAUUUAGGACAAAGUCAGCCAGAUACCUUGUACUGGGCACAUGUCAGACUACAGCCAGUCCGUUUCCUUUCUUUAGCCAGCCAUCCUGGUACUGUAGUUUAGGGGUUGAUGGUGGUUGAAAUUGAUUUCUGGCUGGUUACUAAGGUGCCUGCUAGCCAUUGUAUAAAAUUAAAACAUGAAGAAUAUUUUUUUUUGAGCAUGGCUAGUGGAUUUAAAACAACACAUACCUGUCACUGCUGGAGUCAAACUUAUAAAAAGCCUUAAGCGGAAAGUGUUCCAGAUGGAGACUCUGAGUUAAUAGAGGAGUAGAAGCUGGUGUUAAAGUUCCCACGACGCACAUGGCUUUGCCAGAAACUCUGUUUAAUGUUCGGCCAUUCACCUCUUCACUUAUCCUUAGUCCCAGUAGCCAGGAUACGUGACGGCCACUCGUGCCUUGGCCACAGGAGGCUGCUGAGAUUGGCCACGUGGCUGGGCUGGGUGGUGGCCUCGCUCUCCCAUGGAGCUGGAAAUGGGGGUGGGGAGACAGAUUCUUAUGGAAAUUUUUUACCUGACUUACUAUGAAAACUCAUCACACAAGAAGAGAAACAGUAACCUCACUUUGAAAAUUAGCUCCACUCAAGACUAGUCCACGAACAAGACCCACCUUUCUACACAGGACCCAUGGUCACAAGAAGCGACCAGAGCACACUGACCCCACUAGCUCUGGUUUGCCAUUUGCCAAGUGCAGGGAUCUGGCAGUUGAUCAAAUAAGGCUAAUGGCAGCACAGCAGCUGUGGCUGGGGUCUACAGCCUGACCUCUGCAGCUAGAUUUCUAUAUUGGGAGUUUUUAAAAAGACAUUUCGUAGCCAACAGGGAUCAGUAGAAGUGCUGGGAGCAACUAGGGAAGCUGCUGCCCACAGACUCUGCCCUUCCAGCUGGAGCCUGCUCGCACCUCCAGGGGGCCCGGGCGAUGGUGCCGUGCCUCCGCUCUCAUUUCUAUGCAGCCCCACAGCCCAAGAACAACAGGCCACGUCUACCACUCAGCAAGUUUAGUAAGGGCAGGCAGCACACUUCACAGGGACUGGGGUUUGGUCAGUCUAGAAGAGUGGUUUGUGGCUGUGGCCCAGCUCCAGGAGUGACAUUUGCUCUGGCAGGUGGGAGUGGGAGGGCGUGUUUCGCAGCCUGUGCCGCCUAGGGUGGGCAGAGAGGAGUUCAGUAGCCACAGCAGCCUGGGCCAGGUGGGGAAGGGGGGGGGUGCAAGUAGACAGGAUUAGGGCUCCCUUGAAAGCCCGGGGGGUCAGCAGUCCCCCUGCUCCCAGUGCCCCAGCUGACCCAGGUCGGUGGCGGCAAGAGGCUCCUGCAGAGGCGGUGUGGCUCUGCCCGCACGUAGGCUACUGGAAUAGUGUAACCCAGCAACUUUCCUUUUUGUAAAACUACAAACAGUUCAACUCUGUCUGCAGAUUAACAGCUGAACACCUGCAACUGCAAAUGUUUUUUGAUCCGAAAUACUGAAAUAGGAAAUCAUGCUCUUCCCACCCUCCACCCCCACCAGAGUGGAAUCCGCUGCAAAAUCCCCAGCCUUAAUUCUUGCUUCAGGACCCAGACCAGUGUCUUGCUCUAGGGCAGCCCAGGGCAAGAGGGGCCAGGUCUGUCCAGCGUUUACCACUGCUGUCAAGCCACGGCCCUCUGGCCACCGCAUGGCCUUCCUCAGUGAGGCGGCCUGCCUAGGCCCCCACCAAGCUCUGGUCCCGAAGAGGCCGCGCGACCUUCCUGGCCCUCCCCAGGCCCCGCCGGCUGCUGCGUGGAGGCAGCAGUGGGCAGCAGCGGCUCUGGGAGCCGGCCACACACAGGGAUCGGAGCCGUGCGCACUUCCUGGCUUAGAGCUGGGCGUAGGGGAGGAAGGGCUUGUUCCCCUGCAGUGUCUGUUCUGUGAAGUUUGUUAAAUGUAAGGAAAGCUUAAAUUCUUGUAUCUUUAAAAGAGAAAAUCUUAUUUAACCCUUUUGUGUUCUAGAUUUACUUACACACAUAGCCUAGAGCUCAGUUUUAGUUUUAACAUUGUGAAAAUAUUAAAAGAAUCUUGUAACUUUAUUCUUUUUUCUCCUGCUGAAAAAAAAAAUUAAACCAAUUGUAUGA